AGUUAGGAGAUGAGGGGAUAUUUUCUCACACAACCGCCAUCCUCAUCCUCUCCGCAGCUCCCGGAAACUUCACUCUUCUCCAUCGCCAUCUUCAAAUUUCACUCCCAUGAAAUCCAUUCUUCCUCUGCGCGCCAUACCAGCCGCCUCCUCUCCUCCUCCCUUCUUUUCCAUCCUCUGCUUUCCCCUCCUUCCUCGCCUUAAACACCGCUCUUCUUUCGGAACUCGUUUACGCGCUCAUUCUCUCCCGCUAAACACCAACUCCUAUCCGUCUCAAGAUUCUCAGAACAACCAACAACCGAGGAGGACUCUCUACCCUGGCGGCUACAAGCGUCCCGAAAUCAAGGUCCCGAAUCUCGUUCUCCAGUUGGACGUCGAAGAGGUGUUGCGUGGAGGCAAUGUACUUGACCUAAUCGACAAAGCCGUGGCCAAGUCGGUCGGGAUUGUUGUGCUUAAUAGCGCUCAAGGAGGAAGCGGCGGUAAACUCUAUGAGGCCGCCUGUUUGUUGAAGUCCGUCGUCAAGGACCGCGCCUACUUCUUAAUUGCCGAACGCGUUGACAUUGCGGCGGCCGUUAAUGCUAGCGGCGUCGUUCUCUCUGAUCAAGUUUCGGUAUUUGCAGCUGUCUAAUGAGUAUUGUAAUCAGAUAAUAAGAGGAUGUAGCCUUUAGAUUUAGUGACGAACUGAGAGACUUGGCUGUUUUUCUGCUUAAUUCUGUACACAACCGCUCAUGGCUCAAUCUGAUGUAGUGGAGUUAUGUUGCAG